AUGCGGGGCGCAGCGUGGGCGGCCUCGGGGCGCGCGGGGCAGCGGUGGCCGCGGCCUCCAGCCCCGGGCCCGGGCCCGCCUGCGCCGCUGCGGCUGCUGCUGCUGCUGGCCGUGCUGCUGGGCGGCGCGGACGCGCAGUACUCCAGCGACCUGUGCAGCUGGAAGGGGAGCGGGCUCACGCACGAGGCGCACAGGAAGGAGGUGGAGCAGGUGUACCUGCGAUGCUCGGCGGGCGCCGUGGAGUGGCUGUACCCGACGGGGGCUCUCAUCGUCAACCUGCGGCCCAACACCUUCUCGCCCGCCCGACUCCUCACUGUGUGCAUCAAGCCCUUCAGGGACUCCUCGGGGGCCAAUAUUUAUUUGGAAAAAACUGGAGAACUGAGACUGCUGGUUCGGGACGGCGAAGCCAGGCACGGCCAGGUGCAGUGCUUCGGCCUGGAGCAGGGCGGCCUGUUUGUGGAGGCGACGCCCCAGCAGGACAUCGGCAGGAGGACCGCGGGCUUCCAGUACGAGCUGACGAGGACGCACCGGGGGCCGGACCUGCACGCGCCAUCCGCACCCUGCCGCCCCUGCAGUGACACCGAGGUCCUCUUGGCCGUCUGCACCAGCGACUUCGUCGUUCGAGGCUCCAUCCAGGACGUCACGCACGAGCCGGAGCUGCAGGAGACGGCCAUCCGCCUGCGAGUCAGCAGGCUGUUCCGGCAGAAGGGCAGGGUCUUCCAGCCGGUGCCUGGAGGCGGUGGCCUCUGGCAGGGGCACGUCAGGACGCUGCUGGAGUGUGGGGUGCGGCCGGGGCGCGGCGACUUCCUCUUCACAGGCCACAUGCGCUUUGGGGAGGCGCGGCUCGGCUGUGCCCCGCGCUUCCAGGACUUCCAAAGGAUGUACAGGGGCGCCGAGGAGAGGGGUCUGAACCCCUGUGAGGUCGGCGCGGAGUGACCACGCGGGCCUGGGGGCCGCCCUCCCUCCGUCUCCUAACGAGCUGCCGUUGCUGCAGGGGCCGCCCACGUCCUGGGGAGGCUGAGUGCCAGGCCACACGCGGGGCACAGGCCUGGCCCUGGUGCGCCAGCCGCGCGGUGCACGGGGGCUUGGCCCCGAGAGGUCCUGGUGGAGGACCUCAGAUUGGGAAUGCUGUAAAAUGAAAACUAAGUUAUUUUUGUUUUUGUAAAAAAGGAA